AUAGGAAGCCGGAAUCAGAGGAAGGAGGCGCGGCUUGUGUUGUGCGUCUCUUCGCUUUAACUAGCUCACAGCUGGACGAGAAAAAACUUGCUGCGAGAGAAACAUGGCAAGAGGAGCUCGAAACUUGAGAAAUAUCGCAGCGUGUGUGAAGCCGUUACCGUCCUUGUCCAGCGGGGACGUUCGCUCCAGGAGCAGUGUCAGACAGCUACCAUCAUAUGGCAUCCUGACGACAUAUCUGCCCCCUUUGCUGGGCGCCACCCUGCCCGGCCGCAGCAUUGUCUUUCCUGCCCGCUCCUUCUUCAACAUUGCCAACACCUUCUCCAAGAGAAGGGAAUACGCAGAGAGACGCGUCAUUGGUUAUUCCAUGCAACAGAUGUAUGACGUGGUGGCCGGUGUGGAGGACUACCGCCUCUUUGUUCCUUGGUGCAAGAAGUCGGACGUCAUCUUCAAGCGGACCGGAUACUGCAAGGCCAAACUCACUGUGGGCUUCCCACCAGUGACUGAAAACUACACCUCGCUUGUCACCACAGUGCGUCCCCAUCUGGUCAAGGCAUCCUGCUCGGACGGCAAACUGUUCAACCACCUGGAGACUAUUUGGCGCUUCAGUCCCGGCCUGCCUGGCUACCCACGGACCUGCACUGUGGACUUUGAUAUCUCCUUCGAGUUCCGCUCGCUCAUCCACUCGCAGCUGGCGCACGUGUUCUUCGACGAGGUGGUGAAGCAGAUGGUGUCUGCGUUCGAGCGCCGCGCCACCGCCGUCCACGGCCCUGAGACUCCGAUCCCGCGCGAGCUCAUGUUCCACGAGGUGCACCACACGUAGCGACGCUACGUCAGAGUGCAAACAAAAAGAAAAAUGUUCAACCUGACAACGCCAGUGCCUUUCUCGCUCCAUUCUUUUUUUUCUUCCUUUGUAUUAAUGUUACCAAUGAAGUUGCCAUUAGAUUUCAGUGCAGAUUUAUUACUGGAAUAAGCAAGUUUAGCAUUGUAACAUUGCGUGUCAGCUUGUCGAUUGCAUUGUUUUGUUCCCUGUCUGACCUCCUUGCGUCACCAGCAUCUCGUUACAAGUUUCUCCCACAGGAGGUCAAAGGUUAGUGUCAGGGCAACAAAGCUUUUGUUGGCAACAGAGGAGACCACCCAGUAAUAUGCCAUCUCCCCCAGCCCCCAUGCUCUGAUUAAUUCAAUGACUCUAACGGCAGCAACAUACAACGGGUGGGCAACCUUUUCCCUUUCGCGGCCAUUUCACUUGGUAGUCCCUAGGUGACAAAUAAGGUGUUAAUGAUUAUUUAGUGUUCUAAUGUAGUAUUAUGAGAAUAUGUGGGUUAAACGUUUGGAGGCUUUUUGUAACUGUUCCAUUGAGGCUGUCUUUCGGGAGAAAGCACAAUUUGAGUUGAUUUUGUUUGUCGUUCUUGUUUUUCGGCCAAAUGAAUAUAUUUGAAGGCUUCACCAUACUUAAAAAAAAAAAAAAAAAAAAAAAAAAAAAAAAAACCUCACCUCGUUCUGCAACUGUUUACCUCCUGCUUUGAUUCGCAGAAUUUCAAAGUAUUUGAAAACUCCGCCCCCAAAACCAUCUUCACUCACCAACAUGACAUUUGGUAAUCAGAUCAUAUUCGUGCUUCGCAUUCGCUAAGUCAUGGUAUUUAUUUAUUUAUUUUUUAUUUUUUCUACCAUUCCUGUUAUUUGCUGAGAAACCUUAUUUGCUGUUUUUGCACUCUGGCCAAAGCAGUAAUAGUAUGGCUUCGGUGCCAUUUUGCGCCAAGGAACUAAGUUGAAGUGAGUUGAGGAGCUUUGUUUAGACAAAAGAAGUGCUUUGGUGCCUUGUGACAACUUAGUACCAAGGAAAAUUGUUGGCGUUCAGGAGGUUGACUUAGAAGUAGUACUUUGUCAUUGCAAUGGUAACCAUUUUAGGGGUGGUAGUGGGGGGUCAAUUAUGUGUGGAUUUUCGUGAUCAGGGGGAACACUGUAGAGUAGACCCCCAAAAAUGUCAGGAAGCCAUGCCCCAAAAGAUAUAGGGGGGGAGUCCUUUUAGGUUUGAAAUGCCCAUUUUAUGAUUAUUUUGGUCAUUUCCAGCCAUCUGGGGUGGGGGGGGGGGGAAUUGCUACCAGAUUUGUGAAGCCUUUUUAUUCUUGUGUGUGGGUGCAGCACGGUGACAAAGUCUGACGACGUACCAUGAGCUCGACCAAAUGUAAGAGUUGCAUGUGAGCAGAAAUGUAAACGUUCAGUGCCUCCUCUCCAGAUGCUCUGUAUACUUGUAUUGAGUUCACCAUGUGGCACACCAAUUCACUUUCACACGCCCCCAGCAGGAGUCUGUCUAAUGGGCCACAUAAGGUCCGCAGGCUCCAGGUUGCUCACCCAGUGUGCUGCAAGUCAUGUUUUAGUCAGACAGGAAAUGUAGGACGGGUGCUCAAGCUUUGUUAUCCUCUCACUGUAUUCAUUUGUUCACGCUGUUACCUAAAUUAUGAGUAAAAAUUAUAAAGCUAGCUCCAUGCUGGAAACGAGGUGCAUCAUUGUACAGUAUACAGCAUUAUUUGUGCAAUAUCAGGAAGCCUUUAUUUUAUUGUAUUUUUCUAAGUAACAUAGCAAAGCAAGCCAGUACAUUUGCCCGCUCGCAUAUUUAUCUUUCUUGGUAAAACCUCAUGUAUUUAUUGAAGUGUAAAUAAUAUCACAUUGGGGUUUUAAAGAGGAAAAGUGUGUGUGUGUGUGUGUGUCUUUUUGUUUGAAUAAGGGACUGAUUUGUUGUUUUAAAAGCUAAUGUAUUGACUGCAUGAUGUAUAAAGAUUUGUUUCCUAAAAACA